AUGCGUCUGGCGCUACUCCUCGUCGUCCAACUGUGCACCAUCGUACAUGGAAGCACAACUCGCGAUGAUUUCAAAACAACAGUGCCAAUAAAUGCAACUUGCAAUACCUCUAUGCUAAAGGUCACAAAAGAUUUUUCAGUGCUCGAAUAUUGUUUGGUGAAAUGUGAGGGGUUUUCCAAUUUGAAAGAUGCUCCUGACCAAAGACUAUGCAACGUUGCUCCAUUUGGAACAGAAGAAUACGUAAAGUACACUGGAAAGUGUGAGUCUGGAAGUUGCCAACCUCCUGACAACGAAGAAUAUCCUGCGUGCUCCGGUUACAGAACAAUGGAUAUCCAAGGCGAGGAAAUAGCAACGGAGUGCCGUCAAGCUUGCUCUAGUUCGGAAUAUGAAAUUAGCGAUACGAAUCUACCGAACGGACAGAAAUGUGUGAUACCGAGAUCUUUUUUUCGGUCAAUAUUUAAAGGCCCUGAAGUCGGGAUGUGCGAAAACGGAACAUGCACAGAAACCCAUCCAACCGAAGAUACAUGUGGAAGGAAGGUACUCACAGUCAGUUCCGAAGUCAAUAUUGAUACAAGUUGUACACUUAAAUGUAAAAAUGGCACUACAGAAAUGCUAAAGAAUGGAACACAGUGCGUGUUUCGAUCUACAGCAAAACGUACGUGGCCCUGGUUUUGGCGCAAGAAUAUACUGGUCAAUGAAAUCGGCAUUUGUUCCAAUGGACAGUGUGUUCAACGAGAACCCUACAAGCCUCCCGAACGGAAGUAUCCGGAAGGGUGCAAGGCAACAAAUAUUUUGAUUCAUGCGAAUCUGACGGUGGCGUCACAUUGCCGAGCGGAUUGCAGUGACGGAACUUUCGAGAAUCGACCCGACAAUAUAUUUUGCCUCUGGCAGUAUGUUCGAGAGAAGAAUCAUGAUUUUUUCAAUAUUGGAUAUUGCCUUUCUGGGAUCUGCGAGCAACAAGAAAAUUACACUGUUGUGGUCCAGCGUUAA